UAGAUAUAUUAAUAUCUUGAAAUCACGACAUUUUGUUACUUUCAUUGCAAUCGGAACUUGAAUAUCUUCAUCAUGCCGGGUCAUAUAGAUUGUUAUCUCGAUUGCUCUUCAUUCUAUAGCUACGCAGCUUUAGUUCAUCUUCGCAAGAAUCGGGAAAUUCUUCUUUCUCACGAUGUUACGAUUGAUCUCAUCCCCGUCUUCCUCGGGGGCAUAAAUCAUGGCUCGGGGAAUAAACCACCAUGGACUCUUCCUGCAAAGGCGAACUAUAGUAAAUUUGAUUCGGCAAGGACGAUUGAGUAUCAUGGAUUACCGAAUUUACAGCCGUCGGAGUUUUUCCCGCCGGUCACGCUUCUUACUCAAAGAGCUCUUUGCUUUAUCAAGUCUCGCUACUCUGUAGAGGUCUUUGAAAAGACAUGGUUAGAGAUCUUUAAUGCUUUGUGGGUUCCUCCACAGAAGAACAUCACGAUUCCAGAGAUCUUUAAAGAAUUCUUGAAUGGAUUGGGAACAUUCGAUGAAAAAGAAGUAGAAGAAAUCAUGCAGAAAGCAACAGAGAAAGAGUGGAAGGAUAAACUGUUGGGGAAUACGAAAGAUGCGUUGGAGAAAGGAGCAUUUGGGGCGCCGUGGAUGUGGGUGAGGAAUGCGGAGGGAAAGGAAGAACCGUUUUUUGGGAGUGAUAGGUUUCAUUUCAUGUGGAGGUUUUGGGGGUGGGAUUUAGAGAUUUGGAAAUUGUGA